AUGGAUACUUGGAUUUCGAGGCCGGUUUGGUUGUAUGCAAACGAUGAUAUCGUCGCAUUAUGGCAUCUCUAUCGCAUUCCCAUUCUCCUUACAACGGCCACCUUCCUCAUACUCGUUAGGAUAACCCUUCGUCCUCGAGCUUCGAGAGAGAAACUAUCUGCAUCGCCUGUGCCCGCAUCACCGGUUCUACCUGCGGUAAAAGAGAAAAUCUCUCCACCGGAAAUUGACGAAAAGAAAACGAAUGGCGUCAAAGCACCACGAAGAAUUGUUGGAGGGGUCAAGAAACGCAAAUCCUCCGAGGAAAACCUGCAGGCUGGUCCAGAAAAGAUUCAAGUCCUCGUCUUCUUCUCCUCGAUGACUGGUACGACCGAAGUGACUGCAAAUGCUUUCACGGAGAAGCUUACAGGUAACCUCAAAACUCGUGCGCAGGAUCAAGAAAUCAAAUAUCUCGAUCCUGAAUUGCUUGAUCUUGCAUACAUCGAUUAUGACGACUAUUUCAUUAGCCCACCGAAGGGCGAAGCUGGAACUAGCUAUUUCUACCUAGCACUUAUCCCGAGUUAUAAUAUCGAUACUGUGUUGGACACUUUCCUGGAACAUUUACAAGAAACGCACAAUGAUUUUAGAAUCGACACGGCGCCAUUGUCGUCUUUGUUAGGGUAUUCGGUGUUUGGGUUUGGAGAUAGAGAAGGUUGGCCAACAGAAGAGGAGGGAUUUUGCUCGCAGGCUAGGGAUCUAGAUAAAUGGUUAGCAAAGUUGACGGGGAGAAAGAGGGCAUUUCCUUUGGGGAUGGGUGAUGCGAAGAAGGAUGCGGGAGAGAGGUUGGAGGAAUGGAGGGAAGGGGUGGAAGAUGUGCUGGAACAUAUUGCAACGACGGGAAGCCUAGGCGAAGGGGUUGCUGGAAGUGGAGAUGCGGUAGAGAGUGAUGUAGAGGAUAUCGAGGAUGACGACGACGGAGAGGUUCUUUUUGAUGAACAAAAUGUUGCUUCGAAAAAGGCCAAGACGCAGAAGAAGGACGACAGUCUAAAUGAUUUGGAGGAUAUUGGCGGUGUUCUGAACAACACAGAAACUAUAGAGAAUACUGUCGAAGAAGAACCGGAAGAACUCGAGAUAGACUUCACGACAGUUGGAUUGAAAAAGGGGAAAGCAAAGACAGCUCCGGUUGUAGCUAAAGAGAUGGUUCCCAAAACAUCACCUACAUAUGCAGCUUUGACAAAGCAAGGCUACUCAAUUGUGGGCUCACAUUCGGGAGUAAAGAUUUGUAGGUGGACAAAAUCGGCUUUACGUGGCCGAGGUUCUUGCUACAAAUACUCGUUUUACGGAAUUGCAUCCCACCAGUGUAUGGAAACUACACCUUCGUUGUCAUGUUCCAACAAAUGUGUCUUCUGCUGGAGACAUGGCACCAACCCCGUUGGAACAACCUGGAGAUGGAAAGUAGACCCUCCAGAGAUGAUCUUCGAUGGCGUCAAAGCUGGACACUACAAAAAGAUCAAGAUGAUGCGAGGAGUUCCAGGUGUCCGAGCCGACCGUUUUGCGGAAGCAAUGCGCAUUCGUCACUGUGCUUUAAGUUUAGUCGGCGAACCCAUUUUCUACCCUCACAUCAACGAAUUCACCAGCAUGCUCCACAAAGAACACAUAUCCACCUUCCUUGUCUGCAAUGCACAACAUCCCGACCAACUAGCCACUCUUCAACCCGUCACCCAACUUUACGUUAGUAUCGAUGCCUCAAACAAAGAUUCUCUCCGUAAAAUUGACAGACCUCUCCAUCGAGACUUCUGGGAACGUUUCCAACGCUGUCUCGAAAUCCUUCGUGAGCGUCGUUUUGAACAGCGUACCGUGUUCCGCCUCACACUCGUCAAAGGUUUCAACAUUGAAGACGAAGCAGAAGGCUAUGCAGACCUUGUGGAAAAAGGAUUGCCUUGUUUCGUAGAAGUCAAAGGUGUCACAUACUGCGGAACAUCGUCCUCCGCCGGCGCAGGACUUACAAUGCAAAACGUACCAUUCUACGAGGAGGUUUGCGCUUUCGUCGAAGCCCUCACUGCAGCUCUCAAGCGCAGAGGGUUAGGAUAUGGUAUUGCUGCGGAACAUGCCCACAGUUGUUGCAUCUUGAUCGCCUCCGACAGAUUCAAUAUUGCAGGUAAAUGGCACACGAGGAUUGACUAUCAGAAAUUCUUCGAAUGUCUAGAGAGUGGGGAGAACUUUCGCCCAGAGGAUUAUGUCGGUGAGGAAACGCCCGAAUGGGCAACGUGGGGACAGGGUGGCUUCGAUCCCAGGGAUGAGAGGGUGUAUAGGAAGGGCAAGAAUAAGGUUCCUUUGCCGGAUAGUCAGAGGGUGAUUAUGGGGAAGGUGGAGGAAGUCAAGGACGAUGACGAGGUUGAGGGUGAGAAGGGUGGGAAUUCUCUGGAGUUUUGA